AUGGAUUUUCUUAAGUGUAAAUCUGAACUGGAAUAUAUAAAACUAUUGGAUGAAAAUAUUAGUUUAGAAUUGGCAAAUAUGAAGUUAGAAGAUACACUAACCAAAAAAAAGGAUGAAUUAAUGUGGGUAAAAGAUGAUUUACUUUCAGCACAAAAGGCAGUGAUAGAGAAAGAUUCCUUUCUUCAAGAAACUAAUUUUCUUUUAUUAGAACAUAUUUCAAAAACAUCUAGCGAAUCUAAGCAAAAUGAAGCAAUUGGAGGUGAUAAAGGACUGGAGAAAGAUAACGAAAUCACUAGCCCUGAAAUAACCUCAGAAUCGCCUUAUUCCUUAUUUUUUCAGCAUGCAAUCAUUUUCAUAAUAGUAUUACUAAUCAUAUACAUCUUAAGGUGUGUAUUCUUUCAUCUAUAUUCAGUUUGCGAAAAGCAAACAAAAAAUAUUCCGAACUAUAAAAUACCCUUAAAUAGAAAUCAAGGUUAUGGAUUCCUGAUCUAAUACAAAGAAGAACUAAAAGACAGGACUACC